AUGCUGAGGUCUCCUCUGCCGGCGGCUGCAGCUUCUCACCCAGCCUCUCAUGUUUCGCUCCCUCUUUUCUUCUUCUUUUUAACCAGCGCGCGGGGAGGUGCUGCCACCGCGCGCCCCUUGACGUCACCGCGGCUCCCGCGCCCCCGCCCGGCCUGGGGGGAGGGGAGGGGGCGGCUCCGGCGCGAGCGCGGCCCGGCCCGGCCCCCCCCCCCCCCAGCCCGCGGCACCGGGGCGGGGCGGCCGCGGGGGAGGCCGGCCGGGGCGCUCGGGAGGCGGCUUCGAGGGCGCGCGGCCCCGAUGCGCCCGCCUGACCCGGAGGGGACGGGGUGGGGUGGAGUGGGGGCUGCUGCGCGACCCGGAGACGCCCCCUUCGGCCUCUCACUGCGCCCCGCAGCCCCCUCUGGGAAACGAUCAGAGCAAAAUGGUUCAAGCUCCCAGCCUGUGAUGAAUCUGGGUCUUCCGCUGGUUUGGACUUCAAGACACAAGACACUUAGAGAGGCAAAUCGCAGACCUCACUCGCUGCUGCCGAUUCACCACUAAAUUUUUUUAGGAACCAAGCGUGGGGUUUUAUUUCCUGAGAUUGAGUCUUAAAACUGCCUUUGCAGUCUGCAGAGCUUUCCUGCACCCUUGAACCUGGAGUGCUGGCCUGUUGUCAGGGUGGUCUCUCUCAUGGGGAAAUCCUCAGCAGGGUGGUAGAAGAUGAGAGCCCCACUCUUCGAUCCAGAGAAAUCAAAUCGGACUUUCCCACAAAGAGCAGAGUGACACAGCCAGAUUAUCCACUGCCCUCAGCACCACUGAAUUUAGGAGAAAGGAAGCUGAAACUCUCUCCAGGGUCAACUCACCAUACACAGAUGUGGUCAUGUGGUCUCGACUACCCACAGACUGUGUCUACAUUGUCUAUUUUUUUGGUGGUGGAGGCCGUUGAGGAUGGCCCACACCCAGUGAUGCUCAGGGUUUACUCCUGGCUCUGCACUCAGGAAUCACUCCUGGCAGUGUUCAAGGAACCAUACGGGAUGGCAGAGAUGGAAACCUGAGUCAGCCACGUGCAAGGCAAAUACCCUCCCCACCGUGCUAUCACUCUGACCCCUGUGUCUCCUUUUUCUGUCUGGCAUCACGGUACCCUCCAUGGGUAGGAGACAGCUGUGACCAUCCCCUCCUUACUGCAAUUCCUCCAUGAUUUUAUAGUCCUUAUUCUGAUGGAAAAAGACUCUCAAAGAUGAUCCUUUCAAUUCAUUCAAAAGAGAAACAAUUGGACCCACAUUGAAAUCAAUUCCAUAAGCAAACAAAACUUCAAAUUUUUCCCUUUGAUAAGAAUUAUAAGUGCAUGUUCAUAUGUGCAAAUCUUGACAGGUGGGUACUUCUAUUUUGAUAUUUUGGUAAAUGUUUAAAAUAAAACUACUUCGGGUGCUGGAAUUAGCUUUGAAUAUGGAUUCUGGCUUUUUGAAAUGAAUCAAAGUAGAAUGAGUUAUUAUUUCAUUCCGUUCCCAGAAACAUGUUAAGUGCAAGGCACUGUGUUAGUAUUAUGUAUAUGUAUAGUUAGGAAAAACCAUGCAAAUACCCCAACUUUAGGCUGUUAAUUAUUUAGUAAGGAAGAUAAAUGAUAGGACACAGAGAGC